GUCAUGCGCAAUGCGGCAGAGUCUGGUCAGGUAGAAGAUAGGAAGAUAGUCAGAUAAGCCUUAUGUGGUAAAGCCAGAAUAAACAACCACCAGAAAUCCUUGUGAUGUAAAGAAAAUGUCAUAAUUACUUUCAAAUAAAUAGCCUACACUUGAACAUGCACUUAAUUGCACUUAUAUAUGAAUUUGAUAUUUACGAUUGUAUAGCAUUCUGUUGGUAGAAAAAAGAUCAGAAUUAUUUGAGGCCAACCUAAAAGGGGUAAUGGAAACCACCACAAACCAGGUUUCCUGUUGAAUCACAAAAGGCAGAACUUUGUUCCUCAUCUGAGUUAAAACCAACCACACACUGGACCAAACAAACCGAGAUCUUAACACUUGUGGUAUUCAUUGAAGAACAAAAUAUUGUUAAUAUCCACAUUUUCAUUUUUCCGUUUCUUUGAAGAAGAGGAAGGAUGUUUUGCUUGUGAAAUUAGACAAUGGACGACGAGUUGCUUUACACAACAAUUGUGUUCGGGACCAACAACGUUUCUCCCUGCGACUCAAAAGUCAUAAAGGAUGAGAUUAAAAAGGAGCCGUUGGAGAUCCUGGAUCUGACCACGUCAGCAAACAGGUCACAGCAUCCAGCAAACAGGACACAGUUACUGGCGUUGAUUGCUUCAGUCUUUUUGGGGCUCCUCUCUCUCCUCCUGCUCUCCGCGAUCAUCUAUCUGCUCUUACACUCAAGAGGCGCUCAAAGCGAAUUGGUGAGACGAGUAGAAGACUUGAAGAGAGAAAGAGAUACUCUCAACUGGACUCUUAACGUCAUAACUGCAAUGAAAGUCUUUCAAGUCGAAGAAUACUGCCCACAAAAAGUGUGUAAGCCGUGCCAGAAGGGUUGGCUUUCUUUCGGAUCCAGCUGUUAUUUAUUUUCCUACGAGUGGAAGUCGUGGAGCGGAAGUCGGGACUACUGCCGACAGUUUCAAGCCCAGUUGGUGAUUAUCCAAACGCAGGAGGAGCAGAAGUUCAUCGCUAACCGUACCGUGACCUAUUAUGAUAAUCGUGGUUACUGGACUGGAGGGACAUGGCAGACGGGAGGCCGGGGGACCUGGGACGACGGAAGCGAAAUCACAACAACGUACUGGGUGGCCGGGUCUCCCACCAGUAGUGGCUGUAUCAAUUCUCUUAAAAGGACAGACCUGCUGGCCAGCUGGAGAUCAGUCACCUGCUUCGAAAACCACCGCUUCAUCUGUGAGAGCCCAGUUUUGAUGAAGGCAUUCUAGGAACGCUUUUUUUCACCCUGUGGUACGUGAAGUCACAGCAGGUUAUACGUGAAUAGUGUCGCUUUGUGCAUUCAUUGUGUUAUCGAUUGUAAUUUUUCAUUAAUGUGUGUUUGCUAAAUAAAUAAACCAAUUACCAUGAC